UGGCAGGCCUAACAUUCCAUCCCUGGAGACGCUCCAAGAGGAGCAUCCAGACCUGUGUCCAGUCAACAGAAGCGACCGGCCACCGAGCGUGACUGACCAUGGCCCUGUCAGCUCUGUGGCGCCGCUCUGUGAGCUGGAGAUCAGCCCUGACCCGGCUCGUGCAGCUCUUCCGCUCCCCCCAAAGCUCCGGCACCAAAGGCUCAGCCAACCUGCCUCCACCAGCCCCACUGGCAAGCAGCCCUGGUGCUGCUGUUCCAUCCAGUACUGCCCAGGGGGGGCCCCAGGGCAGUGGGAAGCCGCUGGCUGGGGCAGACCAACGUGCCCCCCAGGGUCAACUGCAGCCCUACGACCAUCAGGGGAGAGCAGUGGCCCCGGUCCCACCAGCGCGGCACAGCCAGCGCAGCCCUGCCAGCUCAGCCAACCCCUCCGGGACACCCCUGGGCAGUGGCAGCCCCCCAGACAGGAGCACCCCCAUGGAUGUGGACGUCACCCCGGCACUUAACAUCAGCCUGGCCAGUGACGUCUCCAGUCUCGCGGCCACCUACGUGUCCAUGAGGAUGACACCGCCCGCGCUGCGACCUCUCGCUGGCCACAGCCACGUCUCCAUGGAGGAGGACGCACCCCCGAGGCUGCGACCUCUCGCUGGCCAGUGA